AUGGCAGCACUCCAGACCAAAUCCGAGCUCACUGAUCAUUCUGGCACCAACUUUGCUGCUGGCUUCAACACUCCUGCUGCAGGGUUGGCAGACCUCUCUGUUAUUGGACCCCUUGUGGCUUUCGCCCUUGUGAGCAACCGUGUCUACUGGCGUCUGAAAACCUUGGGAAAGGUUUGGUAUGAUGACGGGUGCAUCAUUAUCUCUCUGGCAUUCCUCAUCGCUCAGUCUGCAGCCAUGUUGGCGUCGAACAACAAUGGUUACGGGGUGCCUUCGAGUCAGCUGUCGCAACCGGACAUCGAACAUGCUCUAUAUUACUUCUCGCAGGUACAAGUAUACUACAAGCUCACCAUAAACCUCACGAAAGCCUCCAUCGUCCUAUUAUACUACCGCAUCUUCACCACUCGGGCCUUCCGAGCUUGCUGCAUAGCAAUUCUUACAAUCAUCUUCAUCUUUGCGACGAGUCUCACCUCUACCACAAUUUUCCAGUGCACACCAAUUAAAAAGAUAUACAUCCAAUCUACUCCCGGUCAGUGCCUCGACCAUCUCGUGCUAUGGCGAGUCAACGCACUUUACAAUAUACUUUCCGACAUCGUCAUCAUCUGCAUGCCCUUCCCAGUUCUUCGAUCUCUGAAUCUGCCAACCGGACAAUUCGUCGGUCUCGCUCUCAUUCUCUGCUGCGGCAUUUUCGUCAUUCUUACGGCAAUACUGCGCUUCACCACCCUGGGCACAUCAGGCCGCACAGAUGAUCCCGUCAGCGGAACGCUCCCCUCGACUGUCUGGACUGAAGCUGAGGCUUGCGUUGCCAUCAUCUGCGCUUGCUUGCCGAUGAUGCGGGUAUUGCUUCAGCGUUGGCUGCCAUUCCUGCGAAACUAUGCCUCAGGCUCGAGCAGAUCGGACAAUGCGGUUGUUUCCCAGCCACGAUACGACCAGGCAUCGGAACUGAGGCCUUACGAACACCUGGAGAGUGACGACGGAUCGCGAAGACUUCAUGCGCCGUGUCCCAUCGUGCCCCGAAAUCCGAGUCAGCGCUACUCAGCACAAGGACUACCAGUCACCAUCGUAGCAGGAUUCAAGGCAGACGCAUGA